GUCCAGGUGGACUCCACGGCGUUGCGUGCAUCGUCGAGAUUUUCUUUUCCUUAUUUUGUAUAUUGAAGUGCGAGCGACGCUUCCGUGUCCUCUCGAAUCGUCGCAGCCGAGUUCGUCUUUCGGUUGCCUGCUCUUCGCCGCGGCAGUCGGUGUUCCCUCAAACACACAAACAAAGAAAAACUGCGAGAAGGAUGGACAAUGACGCGAAGGUGAACGCACUGCAGUGGGAGGUCGUGAAGGACACGACACCGUCGCCCAAGACGUGGGUGGAGCUCGCACGCACGACGGCAGCGGUGACGUCCGCCGACGCCGUGGAACGCGCCAACGCCGUGACGUUGGUGUACGAGCGGGCGCUGCGGGCCUUUCCCUCCUCGUAUAAGCUGUGGAUGGCGUAUAUCCGCUACCGCCUGCUGGAGACCAGCGAGUUGUGCAGCCCUAACGAGUGGUUUCAGAGUGUGCGGGAGGUGUACGAGCGUGCGGUGGCGGAGCUGCCGAGCAUGCCGCUGAUCUGGCUGGGCUUCAUUGAGUUUGUGAUGGGGUCACGCGUGCCGCGGGUGACGAUGACGCGCCACAUUCUGUCUCGAGCCCUCGCGGCCCUGCCGGCUACGCAGCACCAUCUCAUCUGGAAGGUGGCGAAGAAGUGGUGUAGUACGCCGGCCGUGCCUGGUGCUACGGUGCGGGCGGUGUGGCGCGUGUUUUUGUCCUUCCAGCGCUCCCUGCGCGCCAAGCGGGAGUACUUCAACGUGCUGGUGGAAAAGAAGGACUUUAACAGCUUUUUGCAGGAGUGCGUGCAUCUCGGGCUGCCGCAGGAAAAAGUGAAAGGCACUGCCGAGGAGCGCGAGAUGUUGCUGGCGGAUGUUAACUUUUGGGAAACUGUGCAGACGGCGCUGCAGGCACGAGGGUGGCGCUUCACCGGAAACGUGGCGGAGCUGAGGCAGCUGAUUGAGCUGGGCAAGUCGCGCUGUGCCUCGCCGAUGGAGUUGUCCAUGGCGUUUGCUGUCUUUCUCUACGGACAGGGCUACAUGCGAGAAGGUCGACAGGAGCUCCGCCGUCUGCUGGAUGAGUCACCCGAGGCGCACACGCUGACCACACUCUACCAACUCGCCGUCGAGGUCGAAGAUCAACUUGUGGAGUCGUUUGCGGUCGACCCUGCCAUUCGCCAGCUCGACGACGCCGCCUACGCACGCGUCGUGCAGCACCUCUUCGGCUCCGCCGACCCCCUCACCCACCUCUCCUCUUUAGCGCGCGAGUUUCCCCUUUUGCUGAACCAAGCACAGCUGCGCAACAGCCCUUACAACGCGGCGCUGUGGCUCAAACGGGCAGAGCUGGUGCAGGAGAACGCUUACGCUGGUCGAAGCUCGCCGCAGGAUUUGCAAGCGCUCUAUCGACAGGCCAUUCAGCAGUGCACGUCGGGUAUGUCACGCGUCGACGGCGCCGCCGCGCAGCUCUUCCAUUCCUACGCCCAGCUGCUGCUGCGUUCGAAACGGGUCGACGACGCGGUGGCGUUGCUGCACGAAGGGGGCUGGUGCGUUCCCUUCACGAGCACCGCCCUCAACGUUCAGCUGCUGGGGUUUUGGGUGGAGGUGCAACUGAUGACAUCCACCACCCCUGCUGCCGUGCGGGAUGCGCUGGCAGGGAAGCUGACCAGUGGGCUGGCGGCGUCUAACGGAGGUGGGGCGAAGCGCAGUCGCGCCGGACUUCUGCAAUCAUCGGUGGCCCUUCCGGAGGUGGUGCAGCACGCGCACGUGUGGACGCUGUGGUGCGAUGUGUGCACCACGUAUGACUCUGCCAACGAGGUGGCCUGGCGGAGAUUAGUGGAUGCGCUCGCCGGUUCGAAGUCCUUCACGGCAGAGUUGGCGUGUUACGUGGCGCGUAGGGCGUACGAAAGCGGACACGCGUCGAUGGCCGUGGCGUUGCUGGAGAGGGGCGUGGCGGCCCUGCGUCAGGCUCCCACCGCGCAGUUGUUUCUCCUCGAGCAGUACCUCUCGCUCCUCUGUGUGCAGCACGGCCAGCAGGUUCCUCUGCAUCAAUUUCGAGAGCUGUACAGUCUCGUCCAGCAGAUCACCCCCGUUGCCAUUCGAGCGACGCCAUCGGCCGUCAUGGAUCUUCAUUUUAGCUGCGCCGAGCUGGAAGCCACAAUCGGCCUUUACGGGACGGCGGUGCGCAUGGCGCAGGCGGUCACGAUCGUCGCCAUCACCGCGCUGCGCAUCAACACCGAUCACCUCCGUCUCCUGCAGGCCGCUCUCGAGCACUCCAUUUCGUUUACGGAGCGUCACAACGGCUACGACGCGGUGCGCGCGUACUGUGGCGAACUCGUGCGACACCUCCAGCACCCGUUGCUGUUGCAGCGCGUUGUGCUGCAUUGGGCCGCCAUCGAGAAGCGCACCGGCAAUGCGGCGCUGGCGCACACGAUUAUGGACGCCUGCAGCGACAGCCAGGACCCGGCGACGGAGCACGGAGAGGUGUACUGGCGGCUGUGGGAAUCACUCUGCACGCAGCGGAAGGAGUUCGAGAACGUGGCGCGUCGCCGACAGCAGGCGUCGAUCCGCUUUGCGGCGAACUCGUGA